CACAGCGCACGAGUUCACACAAGUUGGCACGAGUUCACGCAAGAUCACACGCGGCACACAGGUUAACACACACACACACAGCACACGCAUCACGCACGUUGAUCCAGCAUUCACAUCACACAAGUUGACACACACAGCAGAUACAUCACUCAAGUUGACAUACACAGAGCACACAUCACACACAAACUCACACAGACAUCGUCGUCAUCACCUGAGCCAUCAUUCGACUCGUCUCCAAGUAGCGUUCACAGAACGCAGUAACAUCGAGGUUGGUGCAAGUAUCAACAACUACCACCACGCGCGCAUAUUUAUCAUCAGAAGCAGCCGCAGCCAUGAUCUCUCCACUGCUGGAUGAAUACCUCAAACCGUGCUUAUAUCGACGAAUUCAAUGCUAGUUGAUGUAAGUAGCCUGAAAGGUUGCUUGCUACACACGUCUAGUGAGGCACAUUGCCUCCUGUACUCUUACUUAAUGAGUUUCUUAAAAACUGAGAUCGUUAAUUAAAUCAAUAUCGGGUACCAGGUAGGUCUACCCACCACCGCGCGUGUGUGUAACGUGUAGAGCAUUAGGGGUGUACACGUACCGUACACAAACAAUAUCGUUGUAAACAUGUACAUAUUUAUAAUUUUCUCACGGUUUUUUCUAAAGUCCAUUCGUAAUAUGAGAACAUUUAUAUUCUGACCUUUCUAGCAGCUCACAGUCCACCACCGCGCGUACGUUUCAAGUGUAGAGAACACGACGGGUACUUCACAUACGCAAGGUUGGAGAUUGAGACACGUUUUUAAAAACGCCACCGAUUUACCAUCAACAUUUACCAGCGAGUAAAUCGGCAACUCGCGUGCGAUGGCAUGAAGCGUGGGUCCUCCCGUCUCCUCCAAGUCGUCCGGCCAGAGCGGAGGAGUAGGCGAAAUCACACCUUUCAGAGUGCCUCUGGAAGACACCCUUUCAAUGGAGACUCUCCUACCAGCAGUCGCGUGAGCGAGGCUCACACGUGUUUACUCUCAUCAACGAUUACAAACAACAACAAGGAGUUAGACACGACAGGACACCUCGCUUCAAAUGGCCCGGCAUCCCCCCCCACGCACGGACCUCCUGCAAGACCUCGAGGUGUCCGAGCGUGACCUCGAGGAUGACCCCCGCUACAGCGAGCCGCGCCGUCUGGCGCUCGACGUCCUGGUGGAGCGUGGCGAGGUGCCCUACCGGCAGUUUCUGGAGCGCGAGGGCAUCGUCGACUUCUUGUCUCGCGGCGACGUGGAGCACAUCGGGCGUCACCUCCUCGUGCCACCGACGGCAGAAACGGCGUCUGGGGAAUCCGCCGACGACGACGACAGCGACGACCGUUGCAGCGACGGCUCGUGCACUUAUUGGCCCACCGUGUCGGACGUGGUGGUGCCAGAUUUGGAGCUGGGGUGGCCUUCGCCGUCCCACGCCGGGGGCUCCCGCCGCGGACAGACGAACGUGACCCUGUACGCGCAGCCCCCGCUGGGCGAAGGGGUCCCCACCAUCAAGCAGGUGGUGCGGCGCAUGCUGUGGCAAGCCACGCAGGUCAUUGCCAUUGUGAUGGACGUCUUCUCCGACGUUGACAUCUUCAGGGACCUGAUGGAUGUAGCCUGUGUGCGCAAGGUGCCAGUCUACAUCGUGCUGGACAACAUCGGCUUCCCCACGUUCAGGGACAUGUGUGACCACUGUGGCGUGCACGCGGGCAAGAUAGAGAACAUGCGAGUGCGGGUCAUCAAGGGCACCGUGUACUGCUGUCGAACGGGCAAGAAGUUCCACGGGCAGAUGUUCGAGAAGUUUCUUCUCAUUGACUGCAAGGUCGCUCUCUGCGGCUCCUACAGCUUCACGUGGUCCUACGAGAAGAUCAACCGGAGCAUUGUCCAGGUGUUCACGGGCCAAGUGGUGGAGAUUUUCGAUGAGGAGUUCCGCAUCCUCUAUGGCCAGUCGGACGCACCGGACUGCAGUUGCAGCCCCAGCCGGGGUAUCGCACAGCAGCACGACAUUUGGGACCAUCGCUUCCAGCUCGACGGGAAGACGCAGGAUGCACGAGCCCGGGCGUUUGCGCGCGACUCGUCACGCCACGGCUUAAGAAACCCCGACUCGUCGAUCAAGGGUGGAGGGUUCUUCAAGGACAGAACCACCAACCCGAGCGUCGCGUCUGGUGACAAGGACUUCCUGAUGAUGUCGUACGAUGAGGUUCACGCGAGGAAGAAGUGGCUACAGCAGCAGCAGCAGCAGCAGCGCGACUCCGGUACCCCCGACAAGCCCUCGGUGCUCUUUCGUAAUCAGAAGACGUCUGGGGCAUUGCAGAGUCCGAGUUCAACUUGCAAUGCCUGGAAGCGUCACAGCUAUGCUGGGAGAGUUAAUGGAAAGUAG